AUGGCUCUCAACCUUGCCCCGUAUCAUGCUGCUAUGAGAAUUGGCCAAGGUUUCAACUCCUAUACACAUGAGAUCUUGAUGAACGAUGCUGUUGUCUAUGACACAGAGUCCCCUGGUGGCGACCAUUACCAGGGCGACACCAAGCAAGUCAGUCAGAUUGUCUCGUAUUGCACACGCCACGUCGACAAGAUCUCUGAAGUGACAGAUGCAAUGAAUGUCUCGGCAGCUUUGAGCAUCAAGACAGCCACAGCAGGUGGUGGCCUUGCAGGAUCCUACGUCAACUCUGACAAGUUCAAGGAGAGCACCCUCAACUUCUUUGUCCAGGUGACUGUCGUCAACCAAACCAUCAUGGCUGAAGACGUGCGGCAGUUCAAUGCCAUCGAUGGCGUCUGGAACACUGGCAAGUUCAUGAAGGUAUACGGAGAUUGUUACAUCUCUGGGUUCAUUGAAGGAGGUGAGCUUGAUGCCAUCGUGUCUGUCAAGAUCACCGACAAGGCGACCGAGUCAGAUAUCAAAGCUGCCCUUGAAGCGAGUUUCGGACAGGGCCGCGCAGCAGGUGGCAGUUUGAAUGCUUCUUUCAGUCUUGAUAAGACGAAUGCAUUCAAAAACUGCGAGACUACCAUCACCGUUAACUGGAAUGGAGGUGGGGAUAUCAAACCUGCCGAUGAGCUAUGGUCCAUCGAGUCACUGACCAAAGCGGCGGCCGCAUUCCCCUACAACGUUGCUCGAUGCCCGCAGAGAACCUACGCUAUACUCACAAAGUACGAGAACCUUCUCAGCUUCCAGAAGCUCAGCCCCAAGCCCACUGUUCUUGACUACGACGUUGCCAGUCUUUAUACCAACGAUCUCUUGGAUGCCAUGAUGGCUUACAAGAACAUCUGGAAGAAGAUCCACCUAGACAUUGCCGACUAUGAGGACAAUAAUGUUACACUGAGGACGGCAAAGAUAGAGCCUAGAAAGGUUGAUGCCAAGAGGGAGAUCAGCAAGCCCAAGAAGAUGGAAGCUCUUCACUUCUUGCAAGAUCUAGUCGACACGGCUCGCGAGAACGCUGGUGACAGCAGCGAGCAAGUGCUAGAGUUGGUCAACCUCUUGCACUCUCCUGGUGGCACCCAUACCGCAAGCUCUCAGUCAUCCAAGAACUUCGACUACCCUGACAACGUCGGCAUUCCGUACGAACCUGAUGAGUUCGGCCUGGAGAAGGCCAGGAAGGACUGCAGACUGGAGAUGCUCAAGAUCGUCAAGGAGGUGGAUGAAGUCAUUGCAAAUCCCAUGCUUGCGCUGGACCCGGAUCGAGAUCUUCAGUACACUAAUCCCACUUUCUUUCGAAGGCUACUCCCUACUGUUACCAAGAUUGAGAAACCCAAGCUGGUCACUGCCUCUGCCGCCCCCGUCCCAGCGCUACAUGAGAGGCUAUACUAUGCUCCCAAGGAUCUGCCAGAACACUUCAAGCCCAUGUACGAGAAAGCUCUGGGCGACCCCAAGUCUUCCAAGUUUCUCAUGACAGCGUGGGCAGGUGAUCACACCAACCAUGAGCCCGGCACUGUUUUCAAUGACUUCUCCGUCGUGACAAACAGCCACAUUGUCAAGAGCGUCAGCGUCUGGAUCAACGACAAGAAGGGUAGUGGCUUCAUCGUGGCUUAUCAGCUUGACUUCACCGAUAAGCCAUCUCACUUCCGCAGUCACGACGACAAACCAGGUCAUCCCCCGAACAGCACACAGAAGACCUUUGCAGUGACUAACGUCGGCGAUCAUAUCACGUCGGUGCAGGUCACGGCUGGCAAGUUUCCUGAUUUCCCGGUCAAGGUCAUCAGUUCCAUCACGUUGACUACCGCCAAGGGCCAGUCGGCCAAGCUAGGAAUGGACGCGGCGCCAGAACAGUCAGAUACACUGUGGACAGAUGCUCCAGUGGCAAACUACUCGUUCAAAGGUUUCUGGGGUGAAAGUGGGUCAGCAUUUGAUCGCUUGGGCGUUUUCUAUGGUCUUGAUGAGUAG